UGCUGUAAACAUAUUUUUUAUUAUUGUCUGCAAGAUGUGUAAUGAAAUAUAUAAAAUUUUUCAACAAAAAAUAAUAUAAUAUUUAAAUUGAGUUUUCAAAAUGGAUGUUGAAGUACCUAUUCUGUCUGGAUAUUUAAAUGUUCCAACACAAUCAGGAUUUCCGCUUCAUAGGAUAUCCAAGAAGAAACCGUGCCAAAAAUAUUGUCUACUUUUUAAAUCAAGUCGAUAUGGUAUAGAGCGAUUGGAAAUUUGUGAAUCUAAGGAAGAUAAGAAUCCAAAAAUUGUUACACUAGAAAACUGUGUUAAAAUUACACAAGGAUCGUGUCCUGCUAACUUAAUCCAUAUAGUUAAAAAAACUGGAACUCUGACUUUGAACGCAUUGAAUGAAGAUAGUUUAAAAGAAUGGGUGAAUGCCCUUCAGACAGUGGCAUUUCGCAGCAAGAACGAUACAUUAACACAAUCAGCAAUUGAAGAAGACAAUGAUUUAUAUUGUAGUUCUUAUGGCGAUGGGUUAUUUAUUGUCACUCUGAUACCUUCCGAAGCUUCUAUUCGUUGUAAUAUUGAGCCAAAGGUUUAUAUGUUGCAUUUAACUCCGACGGAACUACAAUUAAAAUCUACAAGUGAUUUAAGUAAUAUAAUUUCUAAUUGGCCAUAUAGAUUUAUAAGAAAGUAUGGCUAUAGAAAUGGGAAAUUUACAUUUGAAGCUGGAAGAAAAUGCUAUACAGGAGAAGGUGUAUUUACUUUAGAUCACACAAAUCCGCAAGAAGUUUUUCGUUGUAUGUCAUCAAAAAUGAAAUCUAUGAAAAAAAUGAUUUCAGGAGAUUGUACCAAAAUAGAUAGCUAUGAAAACCAACUCCAUGUUGCUGCAUCAAUGGAAGCCGGAUCCCGGAGUCCGUUACCACCAUCUCCAUCUAAUCAAAAUAUAACGGAAUUUGAGAUCAAUUCUACACAAAGUAGUUUUUCUAUUCGCAACUUAUUGCCAUUAUGUGAAUCUUUCAUGAUUGCCCCAAAAACUAUUCCUAACAAGCCUCCUCGUAAAAUAAAUGCAACUGACAAACAAUGUAUGCCUUCUAACAAACAACCCCACAGCGAACAAUUUAUUAAAUAUAACAGUUUCGAAGCUGUUUCAAUUACAUCAUCUUCUGAUCCAAACAAAGCUGCGGGAUCAUCAGUUAUUUUGAAACCGCCUUCUCCUGGUGAAUACAGAAAUACCCAAGAAAUUGCAAAAUCCGUCCCUGAACUCCCUGCACGCAAUGAUUUAAAGUAUGAACGAGAUUAUGAGUGUAUUGAAACUAUCACAGAUGCAUGGAAAACAUUGGGUAUAAAUGAUGUUAAACAUAACGAAAAUAUAAACUCAACGGAUCUCAAUGAUAUUAUAUGGACCCGAGCUAAUACAAAAAGUAUUUCUACCCCAAAAAUUAUAGAUAUUGAUAUUGGGGAAUGUAGUAAAAGUCAAUUAAAUAACAUACGUUCCGAUCUUACAUACGAUCGCCUUGAUUUUUUGUCUGCAAACCAUAAAACGUCAAAUGGUUAUAAAACAAUUGUUACAAUCGCUCCUUUAUCAAGUAAAAAUAUUGAAUACAAAAAAGCUUCGCAAAACGAAUACGAAUUAAUAAAUGUUCCAGAGUCAGAGUUAAUUCGUAAAACCGAUGAAAAUUGUUUAGGCUACGGAGUCCUUCGACCGACACAAACACUACCAUCUUCGACCAAGGAAAGUAAAGCUGAACACGGCAUAACAAAAAACAUAACUAUAAAUGUUGAUACGAAUAAUGCAGGAAAUAAGGAUGCUACUUCUAAUGAUGUCUAUCUAGAUGACAAUAAAGAUAAUUGUUUAAACUACGCUGUUGUUAGUAAAGCUAAACGGAUAUAAUAUAUGUAUUUCAUUGUAUUUUAUAGUUAAACACUAAGCUUUUUACUUAAAAAAUAAUUUAACCAAAAUAAGAAAUAACAAUUAUUAUACGACAACAA